AUGUCGAGUUUCCUGGGGCUCGGCAACGACACCGGCCUGCUGAAGGCCCGGAAGACGAGCGAUCCGCGGUCCGCUGCAGAGAUGAAAAUCAAGCGACACCGGGACAUUUUUCAAGUGGUCAAUGAAUCGGUAAAAAACCUGCACACGGCUUUUCAGACCAUCCAGAAACACCAGAAGCAGCUCCUCCAGUGUCUCGAGGAGCUUCUCUUCGACGGGUGCGCCCAGAAUUGUGCGGACUUGGUCUCAGAUUUCGGCUCCUUCUACAGUUUUUGCGCCAACGACGACGAAACGCGGAAGGCGCUGAACCAGCUGGAGUUUGUGGAGAAAAAAUCAACCAAAGUGUUGAACGAGCUCGAGGACAGCCUCUACCUGUUCGAGCAGCGCGACAUCGCUUGGGGGCAACAGCAGCACUACGAAAAGAAGGUGUACGAGCUUCGUGCCGGGCAGACCGCGACGAGCGCGACGACGUCGAAAGUUUUGCGCAACGAGCAAAAGCUGAACGCCGCCAGAAUCGAUGCCACGGAGCUGCAGGAACAGUGCCGCUUGCAGGUGGAGGCGUGGAACGUGGAAAUUGCGACCGCAGGGGAACUGGACGACUGGCUCUUUCGUGGCGUGAAAACAGGUAUCGUAGGCUUGUGCAGUCGUUGGGGACAAGCCGCAACCGGGGUGCAGAACAACUCGAAAGCUGCAUCGCCGACCAUAAAGCCUGUGGCGCAAGUCGCGGCAAAAGCACAAGGGACCAGCGUCGCAACUGGCAUCCCUGUAGUUGUUGCGAACAAAAAAGCGGCUGCCCCUGUCGGCACAACUGUCGCCGCCUCUUCCAGCUCCUUCUCGCCGACGAAAGCAGCGCAACAGACCACGCCCGCGAAAGCGACUACAGCUGGCACUGCAGCGUCGAAGGCCACGCCUUCGUUCUCUCCGUCUGUCCGCGAAAAAACUGGAAAAAAAUCGGACAUCAAAGAGAGAAACAGUACGAGUGUUGCAACUGUACCUGGGGUUUACCCAAACAACUUCCCAUCCGCAGCUUCUCCGUCAUCUGUUGCGGCAAACGCAGCGUCCUCUGCCUACCCAACGCACAUCGGCGGCAAAGUCGAAGUGCUCCACCGGCCGUCUUCGAAGAGCCUGCUGCAAACACCAGGAAGGAAGAGCGACAGUGGCGAAAGCCCGUCGUCCGCCUCGACGUCGCCGAAGGCAGGGUUGGCUGGUAGUUCUACCCAAGUUGGUGCGGUAGAAAGAGGUUUUUCUCGAGAAGUUGUGGACCAAGGCGGAAUGGGAGCGCCUCCCAGGGACGCCACUGCGGUGGCGCCGCAGCCCAACCUAGUUGCACCGGAAAGGACUGCCACAAGGCAAGACAAUCUCACGGAGGUAGUAUCGCAAACACCACAGGAGCCAGCAGAGGAAAACCCGCCUGACAUUGAGCACUACCUUAGCACGCGGGCGCAGUUGAAUCAGUUGGACGCACUAGCGCCAAAGCUCUUUAAGGACGAUGAAGAUGCGGAGCAAGAGAUAUCGAUCUCGCUGGCGGCGCCCAUGGUAUUUCUAAAUUGCAAUUUGUGCUGGUCCCUCCUUGUCAUGCUCGUGCUCACGGCUAAGUGUGAAGACCGUGACACGAUUUUUACGAGCUCCACUCGUUAAGAGAACUUGAACCACUAUGCCAUCAAAUUCCAGGUCAGCCGCAUUUCCCGCGUGUCUCUCGCUGGUCAGGAUCUGCAAAUCGUGCGGAGCACCAACCAGCAGGUAACCAUUCGUGGGUCCAUUCCUCUGACACUCGACAAGCAUCCAGACGUGAUUCCGCUCAAGGAACUGUGCAAAAAGCGCCUUCCGCUCCGCAUCGAGUCGUUCGGGAUAGAACACUUCUGCUUCCGCAGCGACGUCGAACUGGAUGUCUACACGCACUUGCAAUUUUCGCAGAAUUGCGGCCUGAACUUGAUCUUUCCUGAUGCUGAAACAGAAGAAGGGCGUUCACCUCGUCCGACGGCAGAACUAAACGAUCCUAAUCCGAUAUUACCCGAGCAGGACGCGGUAGGAACGACAGAGGCUAACAGCUGCACAAAUAUGGGCCCAAGCAAGUACGAGAUCGUGGAGCGCAAGCAGGGGAGCAUGGACGCGGUUUGUUUCGCCGAGAACGCAGUGGACUACUACGAAAUCGAAAUUCUCGAGGUCAUCCCGAGGGGCCAGACCCGCACCGCCGCGUUCGGUUUUUUCUGGGAGCUGCCGACACAGAAACUCGCGCGGAUCGGGAAGAACAGCCAGGAGCUGCGAAACUCCGUCGUGAUCGGCGGGGAGCUGCCGCAGAUCCACCUGGACGGGGUUUCCAUAAAAAGGAACCUCGAGUGGCGGCCAAGAAAAGUACUGCAAGAAAAGGAUCGGGUCGGCGUACGCUGGUUGUGGGCGGAAGCGACCAUCCAGGUCUUUCACAACUCGGAGCUCGUCGUGGAGAGAGUCCUCGACGGGGCCAUCCGCGGGAAGAAGGAGCUCUUUCCUUUGGUGGACUGUGCCGGCAACGUGCGCAAGCUCCGGUUCGUGCAAGCGGCGAAGCCGCCGCGGAGGAAAAAGCGGGGCGCGGGUUGUGGAGAAGACGAUGACGAGAAUAGUGUGUCGUCCGAAGACUCUUAAUGUUGAAACAUCGAAUGUGUAUGCCUGCAGAUCUCCGACUCUUGUCGUUUCUGCGAGAGCAAGUACGUACCUCGAU